AUGGUAGCCCCACGGGUCCCACGUAGGACAGCCAUGGCUUGUCAAUUUUGCAGAGGUCGCAAGCUAAAAUGUGAUGGAAGUCGACCUAGUUGUGGCAACUGCAACCGCCGGGGCUAUCCCUGCGUCUAUACCCCUGUGUAUGACAUCUAUCUCAUUCAAGGCAGAACUCCUUUAAUCACUCUUUCCAGCGGUUCGGAACAGCAAAAAUAG